GGGUGUGGUAGGCAGCGUUUUCUGGAGCCGCCGCGUACACCGUGAGAAAAACAAGCCCUCCCGUCGUCGUCCGAUUAUCCUUCUGUACACACGAGGCAACGGGUCGUUUCUUUUCCGCAAUGUGUGCCUUCUAUUGCGGGGAGGUUGCCUCUUCGUGAAGGGGUAGAUACGCCAAGAAACCCCCCCACUGCAGUAUUCUCCUUUUCGCCGUGUUUUGGGCAGCUCUUCCACGAAGACGUCUUGCUGAGCGCUGUAUGUGCACUCGGAUUUUCAUCGAAAUGCGCUCGUGUGGGGGAAAAGGCUAGGACAGGCGCCCAGCGCGAGCCCUGCAGUGUUGCAAACGCUGUUUCUGCCGAACCGAUCAACAUAUACACAAUUAUCUCUUUGAUAUUAGAUCGCUGAAAGAGCUGCCUGCCCUGGAUGGUACAGACGUAGAGAAGCCGUCGCUGCAGGAUGAAAACAUGGCUGCACCUCUUUUCGCACCGCCAGGACCUGACAGCUUCAGAUAUUUUACCCAGGAAUCUCUGGCCAACAUCGAGAAGCGCAUCGAAGAGGAGAAGGCCAAGCCUCCCCCCAAGCCGGACAGCAGCUACCGUGAUGAUGACGACGAAAACAAACCCAAGCCCAACAGCGACCUGGAGGCGGGCAAAGGUUUGCCCUUCAUCUAUGGCGACAUCCCUUCUGGAAUGGUGGCGACACCACUGGAGGAUCUGGACCCUUUCUACAUGAACAAGAAAACAUUUAUAGUGGUAAACAAAGGGAAAGCGAUCUUUCGCUUUAGUGCCACACCUGCCUUGUACAUGAUAAGUCCUUUUAAUAUUGUUAGGCGAAUAGCUAUUAAAAUUUUGAUACAUUCUUUAUUCAGCAUGAUCAUUAUGUGUACGAUUUUGACCAACUGUGUGUUCAUGACUUUUAGUAACCCUCCUGAAUGGUCCAAACAAGUAGAGUACACUUUCACAGGAAUUUAUACCUUCGAAUCAGCUGUAAAAAUCAUUGCCCGUGGAUUCUGUAUAGAUGACUUUACGUUCCUGCGAGACCCAUGGAACUGGCUGGACUUCAUGGUCAUCUCCAUGGCAUAUAUAACAGAGUUUGUGGACCUGGGGAAUGUAUCUGCGCUGAGAACAUUCAGAGUUCUCCGAGCAUUGAAAACUAUCUCUGUCAUUCCAGGUCUAAAGACCAUUGUUGGCGCCUUGAUCCAGUCAGUGAAGAAGCUGUCGGAUGUGAUGAUCCUCACCGUCUUCUGCCUCAGCGUCUUUGCUCUCAUUGGCCUGCAGCUGUUCAUGGGGAACCUGCGUCAGAAGUGCGUCAUCUGGCCCAUCAACAUCACGGACUCGGUGCUGGCCAACGGCACGCGCGGCCUCGACUGGGACAGUUACAUCAAGAACGAGACGAAUUUCUACUUCCUCCCUGGCAGUCUGGAUGCUCUUUUGUGCGGGAACAGCUCAGAUUCUGGCCGUUGUCCCGAGGGCUAUACGUGUAUGAAGGCUGGCCGUAACCCCAACUACGGCUACACCAGCUUCGACAGCUUCGGCUGGGCCUUCCUGGCGCUAUUCCGUCUCAUGACGCAGGACUACUGGGAGAACUUGUACCAGCUGACAUUACGGGCAGCAGGGAAGACCUACAUGAUCUUCUUCGUGCUGGUGAUCUUCGUGGGCUCCUUCUACCUGGUCAACCUGAUCCUGGCUGUGGUGGCCAUGGCCUACGAGGAGCAGAACCAGGCCACUAUCGAGGAGGCGCAGCGGAAAGAGGAAGAGUUCAAGGCCAUGCUGGAGCAGCUGAAGAAACAACAAGAGGAUGCCCAGCAGGCCAAUGCGAUGGCGACACCAGCAGGGACAGUGUCGGAAGACAUGGUGGAGGACGACGGCGGAGGCAACCUGUCCUGCAGCUCCUCAGAGAUGUCCAAGCUCAGCUCCAAGAGUGCCAAGGAGCGGCGCAAUCGCAAGAAGAAGUGGAAACAGAAGGAGCAGGACAAGGAGAAGGGCGAUAGCGAAAAGUUUGUGAAGUCCGAGUCGGACGACGGGAGCAAGAGGAGGUUUCGUUUCCCUGACAACCGCCUAGGCCGAAGAACAUCCAUCAUGAACCAGUCUCUCCUCAGCAUCCCUGGAUCGCCCUUCCUCUCACGGCACAACAGCAAGAGCAGCAUCUUCAGCUUCAAGGGCCACGGCCGCGACGGCGGCUCCGAGAACGAGUUCGCCGACGACGAGCACAGCACGGUGGAGGAGAGUGAGGAGCGGCGCGGCUCGCUCUUCAGCCCGUACCGCCGGAGCAGCUACAGCGGCUACCACGGCAAGCGCAACAGCGCUGUGGACUGCAACGGCGUGGUGUCUCUGGUGGGCCCCGGAGGACGCCUCCUGCCUGAGGUGAUAAUAGAUAAGGCAGCUUCUGACGACAGCCCAACCACUGACAUUGAAAUAAAGAAGAAACUCUCAGGCUCUCUAAUGGUUUCUAUGGACCAACUCAACACUUCUUUUGGGCGCAAAGAGCGAGCCAACAGCGUGAUGAGUGUCAUCACCAACACAUUAGUAGAGGAACUGGAAGAAUCUCAGAGGAAGUGUCCUCCAUGUUGGUACAAGUUUGCAAACAUCUUCCUUAUCUGGGAAUGCUGCCCCAUGUGGCUGAAGAUAAAGGAGAUUGUGAACCUGAUUGUGAUGGACCCCUUUGUGGAUUUGGCCAUCACCAUCUGCAUCGUCCUCAACACCCUUUUCAUGGCCAUGGAACACUACCCCAUGACACCACACUUUGAGGGGGUGUUAAGUGUGGGCAACCUGGUGUUUACAGGAAUCUUCACUGCCGAAAUGGUUGCCAAACUGGUUGCUAUGGACCCAUAUUACUACUUCCAGGAGGGCUGGAACAUCUUUGACGGUUUCAUCGUGAGCCUGAGCUUGAUGGAGCUCGGUCUGGCCAACGUGGAGGGCCUGUCGGUGCUGAGAUCAUUCCGUUUGCUGAGGGUCUUUAAGCUGGCAAAGUCGUGGCCCACCCUGAACAUGCUGAUCAAGAUCAUCGGCAACUCGGUGGGCGCCCUGGGCAACCUGACGCUGGUGCUGGCCAUCAUCGUCUUCAUCUUCGCCGUGGUGGGCAUGCAGCUGUUCGGGAAGAGCUACAAGGACUGCGUGUGCAAGAUCGCCCAGGACUGCGAGCUGCCACGCUGGCACAUGAACGACUUCUUCCACUCCUUCCUGAUUGUGUUCCGCGUGCUGUGUGGCGAGUGGAUCGAGACCAUGUGGGACUGCAUGGAGGUGGCUGGCCAGGGCAUGUGCCUCAUCGUCUUCAUGAUGGUGAUGGUGAUCGGGAACCUGGUGGUCUUGAAUCUUUUCCUUGCUUUGCUGCUGAGCUCCUUCAGCGCUGACAAUCUGGCCGCCACCGACGACGACGGGGAAAUGAACAACCUGCAGAUCGCUGUGAACCGCAUCAAGAAAGGGAUCGCCUGGAUCAAGGCCAAGGUGCGUCAGCUGAUGGGCCUCAUUCUCAGGAGGAAGGUGACGGAUGAGGCCAAGCCCCUAGAUGAGCUGUACGACAGGACGUUGACCUGCAUGGCCAAUCACACGGGCGUGGACAUCAACCGUGACCUGGACUACCAGAAGAACGGCAACGGCACAACCAGUGGGAUCGGCAGCAGUGUGGGCAAGUACAUGCUCGACGAGGACCACAUGUCCUUCAUCCACAACCCCAACCUGACUGUGUGCGUCCCCAUCGCUGCCGGGGAGUCCGAUUUCGAGAAUCUGAACACAGAGGACUUCAGCAGCGAGUCGGAGGCCGAGGGCAGCAAAGAUGGAGUGAGUCUGGAUGACACCAGUUCCUCAGAGGGCAGCACUAUAGAUAUUAAACUAGAGGUGGAGGAGGCUGUGGUGGUGGAGGCUGUGGAGGAGUAUGUCGACCCAGAAGCCUGCUGGACCGAAGCUUGUAUUGCGCGCUACAAGUGCUGUGAGGUGUCCAUCACUGAAGGUUGGGGCAAGUACUGGUGGUACCUCCGCAAGACCUGCUAUCUGAUUGUUGAACACAACUGGUUUGAAACCCUCAUCAUCUUCAUGAUUCUGCUUAGCAGUGGAGCCUUGGCCUUCGAAGAUGUUUACAUUGAACAGAGGAAGACUAUUCGCAUCAUCCUGGAGUAUGCUGACAGGGUGUUCACCUACAUCUUCAUACUGGAGAUGCUUCUGAAGUGGGUGGCCUACGGUUUUGUGAAGUAUUUCACCAACGCCUGGUGCUGGCUGGACUUCUUCAUCGUGGACGUGUCUAUAGUCAGCCUUAUAGCUAAUGCGCUGGGCUACUCCGAUCUAGGCCCCAUUAAAUCACUCAGGACACUCAGGGCCCUGAGACCACUCAGAGCAUUGUCCCGUUUUGAGGGGAUGAGGGUGGUAGUCAACGCCUUGGUGGGCGCCAUUCCCUCCAUUAUGAAUGUGUUGCUGGUUUGCCUCAUCUUUUGGCUGAUUUUCAGUAUCAUGGGGGUCAACCUGUUUGCGGGCAAGUAUUAUUACUGUUACAAUGAAACUGCAGAGGAGUCCUUUGAGUCCAAGGAUGUCAACAACAAAACGGAGUGCUUAGAGCUCAUCAGUCAGAACUUCAGCGAAGUGCGCUGGAAGAAUGUGAAGAUAAAUUUUGACAAUGUGGGUGCAGGCUACUUAGCUCUUCUGCAAGUGGCUACUUUCAAAGGUUGGAUGGAUAUAAUGUAUGCAGCUGUUGACUCACGAAGGGUGGAGGACCAACCUGUGUAUGAGGACAACAUCUACAUGUACAUUUACUUUGUCAUCUUCAUUAUUUUUGGCUCUUUUUUCACUCUCAACCUCUUCAUUGGUGUCAUCAUUGACAACUUCAACCAGCAGAAGAAAAAGUUUGGAGGUCAGGAUAUUUUCAUGACAGAAGAACAGAAGAAAUACUACAAUGCAAUGAAGAAACUGGGCUCCAAGAAACCCCAGAAGCCCAUACCAAGACCCCAGAACAAGUUCCAGGGAAUGGUCUUUGACUUCGUGACGCAGCAGGUGUUUGACAUCUCCAUCAUGAUCCUCAUCUGUCUGAACAUGGUCACAAUGAUGGUGGAAACUGACGAUCAGUCCGACGAGACAGAGAACAUCUUGUAUUGGGUCAACUUCAUCUUCAUCGUGGUCUUCACCUCGGAGUUUGUCCUGAAGCUCUUUGCACUGCGUCAUUAUUACUUCACUAAUGGCUGGAAUAUCUUUGACUGCGUUGUGGUCAUUCUGUCUAUUGUAGGUAUGUUCCUAGCGGACAUGAUCGAGAAGUACUUUGUGUCACCAACAUUGUUCAGGGUCAUUCGUCUGGCCCGAAUUGGCCGCAUCUUGCGUCUGAUCAAAGGGGCCAAGGGCAUCCGGACUUUACUGUUUGCCCUGAUGAUGUCACUGCCAGCCCUGUUCAACAUUGGCCUGUUGCUCUUCCUCGUCAUGUUCAUCUUCUCCAUCUUUGGAAUGUCCAAUUUCGCCUACGUCAAGCGGGAGGCGGGCAUUGAUGACCUGUACAACUUCGAAACGUUUGGGAACAGCAUGAUCUGCCUGUUCAUGAUCACCACCUCAGCGGGGUGGGAUGGUUUGCUGGCACCCAUACUCAACUACUUUCCAGACUGCAACCCCGAGAAGGAGAAUCCGGGCACUACGGUGAAGGGCAACUGCGGCAACCCUUCCGUGGGCAUUUUCUUCUUCGUCAUGUACAUCAUCGUUUCCUUCCUGAUUGUGGUGAACAUGUACAUUGCCAUCAUCUUGGAGAACUUCAGCGUGGCGACGGAAGAGAGUGCCGACCCGUUGUGUGAGGAUGACUUUGAGUCCUUCUAUGAGAUCUGGGAGAAGUUCGACCCCACGGCCUCGCAGUUUAUCGCGUUUGCCAAGCUGAGCGACUUUGCCGACACGCUGGAGCACCCCCUGCGGGUGCCCAAGCCCAACACCAUAGAACUCAUCGCCAUGGACCUGCCUAUGGUGAGCGGGGAUCGCAUCCACUGCCUGGACAUUCUGUUUGCCUUCACCAAGCGUGUCCUGGGUGACAGCGGCGAUCUGGACAUGAUGCGCCAGCAGAUGGAGGAGCGCUUCAUCGCUGCCAACCCCUCCAAGGUGUCCUUUGAGCCCAUCACCACGACGCUGAGGCGGAAGCAAGAGCACAUGUCCGCCGGGGUCAUCCAGCGCGCCUACCGUGCCCACCUGAUCCGCCGGGGCUUCACCUGCAAGCGGUUGCUGGACAGCAGUAGGCUGGAGAAUGGGGGCACCAACGAGGACAGGAAGGAGGGCACGCCCUCCACUGCCUCGCUGCCCUCCUACGACAGCGUGACCAAACCCGAGAAGGAGAAGCUGGAUGAGAGUGAGAGAAAGGGUAAGAAAGGCAAAAACCAAAAAGACGUCAAGGAGUCCAAGUGUUAGGAGCACGGUGGUGGUGAAAUGAACGAACUGGAACCAUUCUGACAAAUGUACAAAAACACACAAAAAAUCAUUUUCAAUGAAAACCCAGAAAAUCAGAAAAAAAAAAAAAAAGUUGUUUACAGUGCACAGAAAGCAGCUUGGUUUCUUACCACUUUGAUUAUGACCAAACCAAACCCUAAUGAGCUUAUUGUGUGGCGUUCAUGUUCAGUGACCAAGAUUCUACUGCUAAAAGGCAACUGGACACACUAUGAAAGACCCAUGGCUAACCUCUUUGAGAGGGACCACCAUAAGACCAAAUGGUAUACAUGGUAGAUAUUCUUAAGAUGAAUUCUUUUACGCCACUAUGCGUGGUGUUCAGCAUUCCUCUGCAAUGGAUUUACACCUUACAAACACUACACUGCCGAAAUCCAGUGGUCACCUCCCACUCGGUUCAGGAAGGUACCUGGAACAAUGUCUUUUGACCAUAGGAAAGAAACGUUUCUCAGCAGAGGGAAAUGAAAGGAGAAACUGAGAAUAUGAAAAAAGGAAGAAAAGAAAAAAACAUAACAAAACCCAGAACAUUACGCAAGGGUUUUCAGACAUGUCAUGAAUAUACUGCAUCUUUACAUGAUUUGAGCAGCAAAAAAAAGAAGGUAAAAAAAGAAAGCAUUCAGCCCGUGUCACUCGUCUUUUCCUCAUCCCUUUGUUAUACGUGCAUUAAAAAGACGUUUUAUACAUGGACUUUAACACUGAAAUUGUGUUGAGGUGAUUUAUCAGGGUUUAGACUUGGGCUGAAAGGAACUUGCUCAGACAGGAUUCCAGAUAAAUAAGUAAGUAAUUGCGCUCGUUCAAUGCAUAGAAAAUGACUUGCAUGGUGGCAUGUUUUGAUCCAAAAUCAUGCAUGUAUAAUCAUAGUCCACUUGACACUUCCACUCAGAUGUGGUCUUGACCAUAAGUUUGAGGCUGUCCACUGGUAAAUUAUUUCAGUAUAACUCCCUGUAAAGGGGAAAAACGGUAAUAUUCGAGUAUUAGAUUUAACAAAUAGUUCAUACUAUUCAUACUUACCCCAUCAUAAACACUUUUUUUUGCCACUAACCAACUCUCAUAUCAUGCAAACUCUACAUAGUGGAAGAUCAACAGCUGUUGUUUUGUUCUCAAAAUAACUUCAAGUGGCAAACUUGAAUCUGUAGACCCACUUAGAGUUUCAGUGCCCUGGAAAAUUAGGAUUUUUUUUUUUUUUAUAUAUAUAUGAUGUGCUGAAGUUUAAAAACAGUUUAUUCAAAUCAAAUCUUGGGUAGACAAACCCUGAUUGUUUUUUCUUUGCACCAGCAAAGAUUGAUGAUCUCACCCUUCAUUUUUGGUUUUUACAUGUAAUCAAGGGUCUUCUUAGGGUCAACUUGAUGUCUUCAUGUUCUAGCAAGCCACCAUGCUAUUUGUAAUCUCUUGCAAUGCUUUUCUAUAAUAUUGGGACCAGACCUCUUUAGCAUAUAUUACUGUAGAGACAGUUGUCUUGUUACAUUUGUUUUAACCAUUACACAUACAUAAUAACCCUCAGGUGAUGUUUCUAGUUUGGUUUUGGAGAAGUUAAUGAGAAUGGUAGAGUUUUUAAUGCAUCUACUGGUUUAUCACCAGUUUUAAUGCUGUGGGUAUCUGUCUCACUGUUGACCAAUAGAGUAGAUGUUGAAAACACCAAGUUUGUGAUAUUUAGAGUGGUGGUGAUAGAUAGAGCCUGAGGUCUUGGUCUGAGACACGAGUAAUAUGAGAAGGUUUAUCGUUUCGUUUCUGAUCCAGAAUGUUUGUGCUGUCAGUUAUUAUACAGUACAUCUUAGCAAUUGAUCUUGCUGUGGAAAUCAGACAGCUAACCUGGUCAUCAAUUAGGCUACCAUUAAUUUUCAAUAACGUUGCCUAUAUUGCAACAUAAAGAUACAAGGUUUAGCAUUUUUUGCACAAAUUGUCAUCCUCUUUGGCUCUUGCUGCAAAACAUGCGUUUUCAGCUAUGAAAGAACAGAAUCCUUUUCUAUCUUCAUCAUCUGCCAUUCUAUAUGAGUAUUCCAUUCAGUAUGGCUUAGGCUGUUUGAAAUGUCUAUAUGGUGAGAAGUGACAGGAGGCUAGAAAAUAUGUUUUAUAGAUACAAUCAGCAGGUCCAUGUCACUGACGACUUCCCAGAAUGAAAGAAUGGUGUUUUUUUGUUUUGUUUGUUUUUGUUUUUUGUUUUUUUACAGUUCUGUCUGGCUCAUAUCCUGCCAUGCUGUUCUCUGCCCUAAUCACCCAGUACACGACAACGGUGAUGACAUCUGAAUGAUAAACCAGGCACUGCAUAUGACGAAUCAGUGAAAACCUCACCAUCAGAGCCUGUGAGUGUGUGGCUGCGUGUGUGUGUUUAGUGUUUACAGCCCCAUGCUCUCUUCCUGUCAGACCUGUCUAUGCGUCUGCCCACUGCCUGAGGUCGCCAAAUCAGAGUGUGAACUGUGUGAACUCCAAACAAUUAGGUGCCUAGUGAAUUAAUAUACCCUCCCAAACCCUUCCUGGUUGUACUGUGUUGUAAAAUGUCACAUUUACAUGCUGUAUGACAUAUAAAUGUACCAUUCAGUGGGGGCUGUGAUGUACAUGGCGCAAUUGCUGAAAAGUUAAGAAAAAACUUGAGAGACAAAAAGUAUUGUAAUAUACACUUUUCUUUUAAACGGCAUGCUUUGUUGUGGUUUUUGUAAAUACAGAAUUUUACAGAUUAAAUACUACUAUUAAUCAGAUGAAGAAUUAUAAUGAUAAUAUAAGAUUGGCUUCCAGCUGAUGCCCUGGUCAAAUUAAUCUUUUUGUUUUUGUUUCAGUUUUUAACACUUUACAUUGUUGAGGGAACUGAAUGAUAUAUUGUACCAUGGAUACUAUGAGACAAACUAUAUAAAUAUAUAAAUAUAUGAAAUAUAUGUAUAUGUAUGAGAGCAUAUAUAUAAGAGCACUGUCACAUUUUGUUUAUAUGCAACGCGUCCAGUGGAUGUAAUUUUUCUUUUGUGUUUGGGGCAAGUUCAUGCACGAUUUCUAUUGGAGCUGCUUGAAACUUGACGCUGUACGAUGUCGAUAAUACUACCAGCACACCUUUCUGAUCCAGCCAUUUCCAAUGGCCCACACAGAUGCACACAUAUGUGCACGUAUGCUCAGUCCUACCUAUGGACAGUAUGAUCGCGCUAUACGUCUGAAAAUCUGAACAGUCAGUGAGAUGCUGGUAUACUAUGUUCCUCCAUGGCCUCCCCAAACACUUCAGUGCUGUAACCGUAACUCUCCAACCCGAGUUUUAUAUCUCAACACGUCCAUUUGUCCUUUCUCAGUUUUUGUGUGUCCGAUGAUUUGUUUCUACUGCCACUUCACAAAUUGUGUGUGCCUUUUCCUGUAUUUCUUUUUCCCCCUCUCAUGACGCUGGGUUUUCUAAAUUGCAUUUUUUCUGCAAUCUUGGAGAAUGGUGCCGUUCAUAACAACCUGUUGAAAGGGGUAGCUGGAAAACAAAAGCGGAGCACAAUGCAAAUCAGGGACUUUAGGCUGCAAAAGGCAUCUGUCUCACUGCCAGAGGAAGGCCUAUACAACACAAGGGAAGUACCCAAUUCUCCUAGAUUUGAUGUAACAACAAAGUUCAGGUGUUCUAUUUUCUGUGCUUUCUGCAUCAUCCUCUUGGCUUAUGGGAAAAAAUAGCUUUUGUGUUCUGCCUUUUGUGUUCUUUUCAUCUGAAACUCACUUUUAUAUCAGUAUUCAGUUAUUGGACUUCCAUUUUGUAUCAGUAUUCAGUUAUUGGAUUGUUCCAUUUUGAGCAUGGUAAAAAUGCUUUUUCAUUUUGCUGAAAAAGAAUUCAAAAGUGCUUUUCAAACUGUUGUUAUUGUUUGACACAGUGUUGUAGGAGGACAUAUUAUGGCGUGUGUGGCACAACCACUUGGACUCUUAGUAAGAACAUAUAAAAUUUGUCUUCAUUUGAGCACGAACCUUUUUAUUAACAAUAAAGCAGCCUUCCAGUUAUAAA